UUCUUAGAGUCAGUGAUCUCUUGCUGCCAUGAGAAACCUCUCAAUGCUCACCCCUUUCUUCUACGUCUUCGUCUCAUUCUCCCUUCUUGCUCAUAUCUCUUCAGUCUCUACUUCUACACCCCCUUACGUCGCUGUUGAUGAUAUUACCCUCAACUGCGGCACUUCUAGCAACUCAACGGAUCAAUUCAGUAAGCGCGAGUGGAUGGGAGACAUACGCUCCAAAUUCACUCCAAUAGAAGAAGCUGAUCACAAAUCUAUUGCCUCUACACCCCACAGCUCCGUAAACACGGUCCCCUACUCGACUGCCCGUUUAUCUUAUUCCCAAUUCAUGUACGACUUUCAUCUCACCCCUGGCCCCAAAUUCGUUCGCUUCUACUUUUACCCGGUUUCUUACCCAGGUUUUGAAGGGUCUCGGGACUUUUUCACUGUCAAAGCCGGUUCGUUCACCUUACUUAAGAACUUCAGUGCUUCCAUCCUUGCUAAUUCCUUGAAAGAAGUAACACUUUCUAAGGAGUUCUGCAUCAACGUGGGAAAGGAUCAAAAGUUGAAUUUAACGUUCAUCCCAUUUCCAAGCACUUCUGGUAAGUCCUAUGUUUUUAUUAAUGGAAUUGAGAUUGUUUCCAUGCCAGACAAACUCUACUAUGGGGCAGAAGGUCCAAGCACGGUCCCUAAAUUAGUCGGUCAAGAUACUGGUUUCCCCAUAAAAGAAGAUAUGGCACUCGAGAAGGUUGUUCGAUUAAACGUAGGCGGGGGCUUCAUAUCGGCGGCGGCAGACACUGGGAUGUUUAGAGAAUGGUCCCAGCAGAAAGAUAGUUCUUGGUUGAGUGGAGGCGUAAACCCUCAUCAGGUAUCUUUCAUACCCAGAUACACAAAGAUAUCAAAUUACACUGCACCAGAUGAUAUCUAUCGGAGUGCACUGUCAAAGGGUCCAAACACAACCAAGAACCAGGGUUCUAAUUUGACUUUGAAAUUAUCCGUUGAUCCAGGAUUCCAUUAUUUGGUGAGGCUCCAUUUCUGCGAAAUAGUGUUCCCAAUUACAAAACCCAGCCAAAGGGUAUUCCAAAUCAAUAUAGACAAUAAGAUAGCCGAGGAAUGGGCUGAUGUAAUUCAAUGGACCCAAAGGAAUGAGACCCCUGUGUACAAGGACUAUGUAGUAUAUAUCCAAAACAAGCUUAAUCUCUUCAUUGCUCUACUACCUAGAUUAUCUCCCUACGGCAUCGCCGAUGUCAUUUUAAACGCCGUGGAAGUGUUCAAAUUGAGCGGCUAUGACAAAAACCUUGCAGGUCCCAAUCCUGAAAGUGUGCCCUCUCCACCGCCGGCUCAACAACCUGCUUCAACAGCCAGCGAGUCCGAGACAAAGAAAACAAAAAUCAUUGCCAUUGGGAGUGGUGUAGGCUUCUUGGUUGUGCUCACUCUAGUGUGUUGCAUGCUUCUCUGGAAAGUAAGGAAGACCAAGCGCUACGAUUCUUACUAUCCACUAUCCAAGUGCUGGUGCUGGCCCGAGCCAGACAAGGGAAAGUCAACAAGGACAAGAGCCUCGUCACUGCCCGAAGAACUAUGCCGCCACUUCUCAAUAGACGAAAUCAAAACAGCAACCCACAACUUCCAUGAAGCAUUAAUUGUUGGUGUCGGUGGCUUUGGCAGUGUGUAUAAGGGUUUCAUUGACGAUGGUACCAUGAUUGUGGCGGUCAAGCGCUUGAACCCGGAGUCAAAACAAGGUUUCCGUGAAUUCUGGACAGAAAUCGAGAUGCUCUCUCUGCUUCGCCACGUCCACCUUGUCUCUCUCAUUGGAUUCUGCGAUGAGGAGGGCGAGAUGAUCCUCGUCUACGACUACCUGAGCAACGGGACUCUCCGCCACCACCUCUAUGAAACUCAAGACGAUCCCCUUUCGUGGAAACAAAGGCUCAAGAUUUGUGUAGGGGCAGCGUCUGGCUUGAAUUACCUGCACACCGGCGUGAAGCAACCCAUUAUCCACCGUGACGUGAAAUCCAACAAUAUUCUGUUGGACGAAAAAUGGGUGGCCAAGGUUUCGGAUUUCGGGUUGUCCAAAACGGGUCAAGAUAACACAGCAGUCAGUACCAUGGUAAAGGGUACUUUGGGGUAUUUGGAUCCGGAUUAUGUACGGCGUCAACAACUAACAGAAAAAUCUGAUGUGUAUUCCUUUGGCGUGGUGUUGUUUGAAGUAUUAUGUGCGCGAAAAGCAUUGGAUCAAAAACUGGAGAUUGAGCAAUGCCACUUGGCCAACUGGGCCCGAAAAUGCAUUGAGAGAGGUACGAUUGGUGAAAUUAUUGAUUCGUAUCUGAAGGGCAAGAUUGCUCCCGAGUGUUUCAAGGUAUAUGUGGAGGUCGCAGAGAGUUGUGUACGUGAUCAGGUGAACCAACGGCCCGUGAUGAAAGAUGUGAUGGAAAAGCUCAGUUUUGCAUUGGACCUACAAGAGAACGCAGACGCUGCGAAGGAGAAAAUCAAUCCCGGUGGUGAGCAUAGCUACCCAAAGGUGGUAUUAUUCAGUGUUGUCAGUUCCACCUGUGUUUCUCAGAACAAAAAUAUUUACCGUGAACAAAUGUUAGAAACAGAUAGUGGGACCGGGUUCACCAUGACUAAUACUGAAUUGACCUGCCCAAGUCUUGAUUCUGCUAUCACUAGUCAAGAUGUCUUGACGGACACCACCAACUCUAAAGCUUAGGUUUCUUACAUGUUCUUCCGGCCAAAGUGUAUGGUAGUUCUUAUUUAAAGGUCUGAUUGGCUUGGAAAAAGUAAAAAAAUAAUAAAUAAAUAAUGAAGUGUUAUAGUAUCAUGAGUGCAUGUGAUUCAGGUCGUUUGCUAUAACGUUUGCUUUUUUAGGCUUUGUUGGAGUAUUGUAAGGAACUUUAUGUACUUGUAGUUGUAUGAACAAUGUAUAAUUUUAUUUUGUUUUUUGAGAAGAAAGUAAACUUUCCAAAUGUAUAAUUGGUUUAAAGCUUAA